AAGCGGAAGGUGUACAGAAAAAAACUGGUCCGCGUGGUACAUGCGUUCGGUUCGUAUAUGAGUCAGUGUGGCGCGCAUUUGCGCGCAGAUGCGUUCCGUUCCGGUGUGUUUUCCAGCUGCCCUGAGGCCCUGGAUGCUGCGGCUGGGAGGGGGCGCUGUGCCUGGAGCUGCUUUCCUCAGCACCGCCUCACCCGGCGCUGUGAGACCUGGGAAGAAUGUGCUCAAAGGGAGACCUGGGAGGAAGCUGCUCUUCACCUGAAAAAUAUCCGCUUUGCCUCCGUGGUGAACUCUUUUGUGGAGAAAGAGAAUUACCAUUAUGUCACCAUAUUAAUGAAAGGAGAGGUAGACACAACCCAUGAUUCAGAACCAAAGAAUGUGGAACCUGAAAAAAAUGAAAGUUGGGAGUGGAUACCUUGGGAAGAAUUUCCUCCAUUAGAUCAGCUUUUCUGGGCACUCCGUUGUUUGAAAGAGCAAGGCUAUGAUCCAUUUAAAGAAGAGCUAAACCAUCUGGAGGGGUACAAAGGACAUAAUUUCCAAGGGCCCAAGAAAAUUCCUUGAUUAAAAAAAAAGAUACAAGCCUCACCUCCCUCUCCUUCCCUGGGCCUACACGACCUGCGGGCCUCUCUCUGACCCACAGGCCUCUCUCUCAGGGUAAGUCGAUGGAUUGCACCCUCGGCGCCUAGACUCCCCCAGCCUCAUUCAUCCCCCCCACCCCCACCCCUGCCGGUCUCUCCUCCUAGCCUGG